AUGGCGUUUAACACGUUCGAUGAUACGGCAGUUGGUUCGUCUGUCACCUUGAAGGUUUAUCUCAACUCACCGGAACUGGGACUUCGUUUGUCUCGCAAUCGGCCUUCGGUAAUUUUCACCGAUUCGUUUGUUCGACUCAGUUCUGCGUACCUCGCGGCCGGUAUUGGAUCAUCUAAUAUUGUUCCGGACAUUCAGUACGAGUUGAGAACUACCUAUGGAGGAUACGUGGCUUUCGUUAACAAUCCCUAUCGAAGUAUCAAUAUGUUUACACAAAGUGAUAUCGAUCAAGAACGUGUGAUAUUUGUGCAUAACGGUGGAGAAACCGCAGCUGCAUGUGGAUUUGAUUUUCAUCUAAGCUACGGCCAAGAACGUUCCAAAAGGCGUUUUCGCUAUGCGUUUGAUGUUUAUCGAGCUCACAUCGAGACAAUUAAUCACCGAACGCUCGAGGUGUUCCCACUUGGAUUUGAACAAAUUCAAACUUGGCAUUUAAGUCAUCGCGUUCGUCUGGAACAGCAGCUGCAAGGGGAUGGAACGCAAUAUUCAAAUCAAAGGUCAUCGAACGAAUGGCGGAACACACGUGGGACCAUAAACACAAAUCAACCAGUAGUGACAGUUGCAUAUGCAGUUUUGUCACAACCGUCACACGGUCGUCUGAUUAGACUAACCUCCAAUCCAGGUUUAAUGGCAAGAAUUAGGAACGAAGGAUUGCGAAAUGUGAAACAUUUUACCCAAAAUGAUUUGGAUGAAGGAAGGAUUUUCUACGUGUUUGAUCCGUUACCGAAUACUGGAACUGUGCAACUCCACCAUCAGAAAAGGAUAUCCAUUCAAGGAGAACAUCCGAGUUUUCAACAAAAGGUCCCGGUUUCAUUACGUGGUACCACAAUGGGAUUGCAGCGAAUCAGUGAUUACAUUCUUCUGAACGUUUCUGCUUAUUAUUCUUCCGGUGAAAAGUCAUUUAUCGUGCCAUUCAUGAGAAGUCAUGUUGAGCGGUAUUUGCAGUUUAACAUUUCAGUAUCUUUGCUGCAUAUCAACCAACUGAAUCAGGAUAGACUGUUCCUCAUCCACCCGGUGAUAGUGACCGAAGGAGGCACUGGCGAGUUUACCUGGGCAAAUUUAAAUCCCCAGCCUCUAAUAAAUCUGUAUGAGCAUAACACGCUUUCUGACUUAAAUGCUCUUCGUUUGAGACUGGUCAAACCGCCAGAGCAUGGCGUCCUCAAAUUAAGUGAUGGAUCUCCAUUUCAUGAAAUGCCCCUGACUAACAACUCUAUUGGUGGAAAGUCGUUUCGUGCAUUCUAUGUGCAUGAUGGGUCUGAGACGCUGUUUGAUCGGUUCUUAUUGCGGCUGCAGGACAAAAACGAUCCAAUCGUCAUGGGUUACAAUGAAACUGGAAUUGAAAUUCCAGUUCACAUCAAAUCCGUCAAUGACCAAAGACCCCGACUCAUUCGACCUAGUUCUCGGCCGAACCACGUGCAUGUCUCACAAACAAACGACAAGGUGUUAUUUGAAUGUCUGGUAGGGCUCACUAUGGUCAUUUCUGAUCGUUGGAUUUACGCAGUGGACGGGGACAGUUCAGCCAGUGAAAUUCUUUAUGAACUGGUUUCCCAUCCGGAAUUCGGUGCGCUGUGUCUACUCCCUACUGAAGUCACUAAUGAUUCGCUGUUGGAAACACACACACAUUGUCGUCCGUGUACAGAUCCGUGCCUGUUCAGCCAAGAGGAUGUCAAUGAGAAUCGGCUGAUCUAUGUCGCACAGUAUCAUCCGAUUGUCUCUCCCAUUCUCGAUUCAUUCACUUUUUCCGUUCGUGAUAUUCAUCAUGAAAAAGAAAUUCACGAACAAAUUAAUCCUCAGGGUACAGUCACUCUUCGCCUAUGGCCUGCUGAAAUCAUACCGCAAACAAACACAAUUUAUUUGUGGCAGGGUGAAGAGUGGACCCAUUUGAACAGGAAUCAUGUGAACAUCACUUUACGUAGCCGAAUGAACCAAACAUUUACAAGCGAUUCAGUCAAACCGGAAUGGCUUUGGUUAACCGUUGUUCAUCCGCCUUUGUUUGGUCGACUCUUCUUAGACACCCUCCCGGUGCUUAGAUUUACCUUUGAGGAUCUGACAAGUGGUAGGAUGAGCUAUCAGCAAUUCAGUAAAGCUUCUCCCACAGACUCCAUGGUCAUUCGACUGGAAGUUGAUCCUUGGAAGUCACCCUCGAAGCGACUCCACGACAUGCUCACUGGAUAUCGUUCGCUAACACUGCCAAAUGAGAAGCAUUUGUUUUCUGAAUUCUCCCUCUACGUUGAAGUGAAACCUCGAAUUAAUUUAGGCGAUCUGGUGGUUGAACCAGGUGCCCGAAUUACUGUGGGAAAAGAAGUAUUCAACACAAGUGCCCUAUGGAAUCUAAUUCGGCAGACGACCAAUGUAAAUAAAGACGUCACUUCUGAUGUUUCCCCAAUAGUUACUUUCCCUACUGCUACUCAACUACGGCUAGGAAGAUUUAUUGUGAAUGGGGAAGUAGUGGUUGCCACAGGCUACCCUGAUGAGGAGUUAUCACCAACCGUAAACAUUACGCUGGACUCAUUUGAUAGAGGUGAAGUCAAAUUUGAAUCCUAUCACCUGCCGGAUUUACAAUUUAAAAAUAAAAAUGAAUUGGAGGAACAAAUUGGUUUCAUACUCUGGGCAGGUCCUCAAAUCCAGCCAGCUCGUGAUUUGAGCUCAACUGGACUUCACGUGCUUGCCCCCGCAUCAGUUAGCAUGCCCACCUCCUCACUAGCUCCUCAUAUUCGAGAAGCUGCUUAUACAUGUGCAGGACAGACCAAUUCAUCUAAAUGUUUGCGGUUUUCAACCCCGGGUGCCCAAACUACACCCGACAUGGAGUCAACUCUGGCAUGCCUGGCAGAAAAGCCAACAGACUUUACAAAAUGUGACCCAUCUAUAGAUGAAUCACUCUCUUUGAAGACUCCCUUUCCAGCGAUUGAUCUGUCUACAUCUGAAACGAGUACUACCGCUACCUUGUCCUUAGGUGCUCAACCCUGCCUAAUUCAAAUUGCUCCCUAUCCGACAGAUACACUCACUCUCACCUCGGUAGAUUCAGUUCCUAUGUGGAUUGCUCAUCCACCGUAA